AUGUGGAGCCUGGACGGUGACGGACAGCUGUCAGAGGCUCAGAGGAAGAGGGGACACUCGGUCUUGGCUCCUCUCGGUCUUGGCUCCUCUCGUGUCGCUGCCGAGGAGGGACGAUUAGCUCCCCGCGUGGACCAUUACCAGGCCACCUUCAAAAGGAUCCAGGCACUAAUCAUGUUAGCAGCGCGGCUAACCUGCUGGCGUGCCGAGCUAAAGGCUAAUGGGGGAUAUGUGGGGGUCCACGGGGAGGGCAGGAGAGAAGAACCAGGGGCCAAAGGUUGGGUCAAAGGGUUAGCGACAGUUAGCAGUUUGAGGCUGGGGUUCACUACGAAGCUCCGUCUGAAGAGCGAGGCUGUUCCCACUCUUGGUCUUCCACGAGCGAGGAAGGAGCUCCCGACGUUGCUGCCCAGCCACGGAGACUCCGGGCGCCACUCUGAGCUUCCAUCUGAACGACAGUUCUCUGAACUGUUCAAGCGCUACAACGGAAGUCCCUCCACACAAAGCCAGAAAGUACAUUGUUCAUGA